AUGCUCGAAUCUCCAUUCUCCUACGACAGGGAAGAUCGGGAUUCGGAAGGCAAGCUAUACCGGUCAGGCUCUCAACAAACGCUCAGCCGACAAUCCGUAGCGGAAAACCCGACCGUCGCGCGACUGGCGCGAGGAGAUGAUGCGUCGAAUGGUUGUCCGAACAUCACCCCUUUCCAAUCUGCCAACGGUAGCGGAGGCGACAACCCGUUGGCGGAGACAAGGUCAGGUGGCGCACCGCCAAGCCGGCGCCGCUCGCGGAGUAACUCACACAGUGAGUUGGCAAAGACCGCCGUAGGCCUGCGGGAGAUCGCAAGGAAGAUUGGUCGCGCUCAGCUCAUCUGGGACCGACCGCCAAAGAGUGUACUGAUUGUGACGAAAUUGCAUGAUCCGCAAUUGGUCAAGAUCACCCAUCAUGUCGCCAAGUGGCUUAUCACAGAUGUGCAGCUGACGGUGUAUGUGGAGGAACGCUUGAAGAGUGAUCCAUCGUUUCGGUAUGAGCAGAUAGCGGAGGAGCUGAGGAGCCAUGAAAGGGCGGCGAAUACGAAUAAAAAAGCACCAUCCAAAAUCGACUUUGUCAUCACACUCGGUGGUGAUGGCACCGUCCUCUUUGCAGCGUGGCUCUUCCAAAACAAAUGCCCACCUUUACUGCCGUUCCGUCUGGGCAGUCUUGGAUUCUUGACUACAUUUGAUUUCGCCGUUUUUCGCAAAACAAUCACGGAGACGGUCAUGGAGACGGGUCUCACAAAGGGUCUGCGGAUGAACUUCCGCAUGCGGUUCAGCUGUACCAUCCGUCGCUACAACGGCGGUUCCGCACAACCUAAAAAUGCCGUCAGCAACGGCAAGUCCAAUGAUACCUCCGAAGACGACCCUGACCACAACACAACGUACCAAAUCCUCAACGACCUAACAAUUGACCGCGGCCCCUCCCCCUUCAUGUCCCAACUCGAGCUCUACGGCAACGACACCCACCUCACCACCGUCCACGCCGACGGCCUCAUCAUCUCCACCCCGACCGGGUCCACCGCCUACUCCCUCUCCUCGGGCGGCUCCCUGGUCCACCCGGACGUCUCCGCCAUCCUCGUCACCCCCAUCUGCCCACACACCCUCUCCUUCCGCCCCAUGAUCCUCCCCGACACGAUGGAGCUGCGUAUAGCGGUGCCGAGCGACUCGAGGGCGACGGCGUAUGCGAGUUUUGAUGGCCGGAAGCGGGUUUGUUUGGGGAAGGGGGAUUGUGUGGUUGUCAAAGCCGCGAAUUGGCCGGUGCCGAGUGUGUGUUGGGAGGAUCAGAGCAGGGAUUGGUUUAGGGGGUUGGAGAGGUGUUUGGGGUGGAAUCGGAGGGAGAGGCAGCAGGGAUUGGAUGAUGGUGGGGAUAGAGAUGAGGGGGACGAUGGGCAGAUGGAUAUGGAAUGGUAG